UAGAAACAACAUUAUAACACAUACCGAAAAGGGGAAGGAGAGAACAAAUGCGUUCUGAUAGAAGUGGGGGUCCACAAGCACGUGCGUCCUCUGAUUACAAAACGUUUGUUGCGUCUUGAAUUGUAUUGUAUGCGCACUUGCUACCCGAAGAGAAGAGAAGAGCGUCACUCUCACUUGCCGAACUCAGAUGGCCUCGUCGGAUGCUUCGUGCUGCGGAGCCGCGUUCUGGUUGGACCUGGUGAUCAUCAUAUCUCUCGUCGCCUUCGCUGGGCUGAUGGCAGGUCUAACCCUCGGUCUCAUGUCUCUCGGAUUAGUCGAUCUCGAAGUUCUCAUCAAAUCCGGCCGUCCUCAAGAUCGAAUCAACGCCGGCAAGAUAUUUCCAGUGGUGAAGAAUCAGCAUCUGUUGCUCUGUACCCUUUUGAUCGGAAACUCUAUGGCUAUGGAGGCUCUGCCAAUAUUCUUGGAUAGAAUUGUGCCUCCAUUGGCUGCUAUUGUUAUCUCAGUCACUCUUAUUCUUGUCUUUGGAGAGAUAAUGCCACAGGCUGUUUGCACUCGGUACGGGCUCAAGGUUGGAGCCAUAAUGGCUCCUUUAGUUCGUGUUCUUCUCGUUCUCUUCUUCCCCAUUGCUUAUCCUAUCAGUAAGGUUCUUGAUUGGAUGUUGGGUAAGGGACAUGGUGUUCUUUUACGGAGAGCUGAGCUCAAGACAUUCGUGACAUUCCAUGGAAACGAGGCUGGGAAAGGUGGAGAUCUGACAACCGAUGAGACUUCUAUCAUCACAGGUGCACUUGAAUUGACAGAAAAGACAGCAAAAGAUGCAAUGACUCCCAUUUCCAACGCGUUCUCCCUUGAUCUCGAUUCAACUCUUAAUCUGGAAACUUUGAAUACAAUUAUGUCAGUUGGUCAUAGCAGAGUUCCAGUUUAUUUCAGAAAUCCAUCGCAUAUAAUUGGCCUCAUUCUGGUUAAAAAUCUCUUGGCAGUUAAUGCAAGAAAAGAAGUUCCUCUGAGGAAAAUGAUCAUGAGAAAGAUUCCGCGUGUGUCUGAAACCAUGCCGUUAUAUGAUAUCCUAAACGAGUUCCAGAAAGGCCACAGCCACAUUGCAGUUGUCUAUAAGGAUCUUGACGAGCAUAAAGGAUCUCCAGAAACGAGCGAGAAUGAUAUUGAGCGCAGAAAAAACAAGAAAACUAAAGAUGAGCUGUUUAAGGACAGUUGCAAGAAACCAAAAGCUCAGGUUGAAGUAUCAGAGAAGGAAGUAUUCAAAAUUGAAACCGGAGAUGCAAAAUCUGGCAAGAGCGAGAACGGUGAGGAGCAGCAGGGGAAGACGACUCUCACGGCUGCUCCAGCUAAGAAGCGACAUAGAGGCUGCUCGUUCUGCAUUUUGGAUAUCGAGAACUCUCCUAUACCUGAUUUCCCUCCCAAUGAAGAGGUUGUAGGCGUUAUCACCAUGGAGGACGUCAUCGAAGAGCUUCUUCAGGAAGAGAUCCUUGACGAAACCGAUGAGUAUGUGAACAUCCACAACAGGAUAAGAGUCAACAUGCAUGCUUCUCAGGAGAAUCUACCGAGUGUGAUAACCUCUAUCACGCAGUCAUCAUCUGGUUCAACUAGUCCCAACCGAACAUCUCAUAUGGCCACACCAGAUUCGAGUCCUGCAACAAAGCCAUUAGAAAACCUGUAGAUUCUUCCCACACUAUGGCUCCUAAACGUUGAAGAUUCAGUCCAAACCUUGUGAUUUCUUAAUGAAGAUAAAAGAUAGUUAGUUAAAAGGA